UAAAUGAGAACGCAUAUGUGUACGUCACUUCCGCCCGCCCGUGUCUUUUACCACAGGCAGCCCCGUGCGUCUUUCUUUUCGCACAUCAUGGCGGACCGCUUCAAUAAGGUUCUGCUACUAGAUGGCAGGGGCCACCUGCUUGGUCGGCUGGCUGCCAUCGUUGCCAAGCAGACCUUGCUGGGACACAAAGUUGUGGUGGUGAGAUGUGAAGGUAUCAACAUCUCUGGCAAUUUCUACCGUAACAAACUUAAGUACCUGGCUUUUCUACGCAAGAGGAUGAACACCAAUCCCUCCCGUGGACCGUACCACUUCAGAGCUCCAAGCAGGAUCUUUUGGAGGACGGUCAGAGGUAUGCUUCCCCACAAAACCAAGAGAGGCCAGGCCGCUCUGGAGAGGCUGAAGGUGUUUGACGGCAUCCCGCCACCCUAUGACAAGAGGAAGCGCAUGGUCGUCCCAGCUGCUCUUAAGAUUGUGCGCCUGAAGCCCACUCGUAAGUUUGCCCUCCUGGGACGUUUGGCCCAUGAGGUGGGCUGGAAGUACCAGGCCAUCACAGCCACGCUGGAGGAGAAACGGAAACAGAAGGCAAAGAUGCGCUACAACAAGAAAAAGGGCACCAUCAAGAUGACCAAAGUGGCAAUGAAGAACGUUGAGAGCAAAAUUGCAAAGUACACAGACGUUCUCAAACAGUUCGGAGUUCUUGUCUGAACGUAUUGUCUGGCCAAUAAAGUUAAAGGUAAAAAAAAAAAAAAACAUCAGAUACCUAAAUUACACAA